CUGACGUCACACUGUCACUGCCGGCGCUGACGUGACCGGGGUAUUGUGCGGUUGCCGCAGCUGUGUUGUGUGUUGAGUCAGCGGUGACACGGAGCACGGGGGGUGGAGCCAUUCCAGCGACCCCGCUCAGCCCGUUACCCCCCUGCGCGGCGUCUCCUUCACCACCCGGCCUGGUGUCACCCUCCGCCGGGCCCGCUGCAGCGCCUCACCUCCGAGGCCUCCUCCCGCAUCUGUUCUCCUGCGCUCUAGCUGAGAGGUGCAUGUGUGCUGCCACCGGCGGGGCCAACAUGUCCAAGCACGAGCAGAUCCUGGUGCUCGACCCGCCGCACGAGCUCAAAUUCAAAGGUCCUUUUACAGAUGUUGUUACAACAAACCUCAAACUGCGCAAUCCGUCUGAGAAGAAAGUAUGCUUUAAGGUGAAAACUACAGCUCCACGGCGCUACUGUGUGCGGCCAAACAGUGGCACCAUCGAUCCUGGAGCUACAGUAACAGUUUCGGUAAUGUUGCAGCCAUUUGACUAUGAUCCAAAUGAAAAGAGUAAGCACAAGUUCAUGGUUCAGACAGUAUUUGCUCCGUCUCAUAUAUCCGACCUUGAAACAGUGUGGAAAGAAGCAAAGCCUGAUGAUCUUAUGGAUUCUAAAUUAAAAUGUGUGUUUGACAUGCCACAUGAACAUGAGAAGCCGGCACAUGAAGCUACAAGAUUGUUUUCUUUUCUGCCAGCGAAAAGUACUGAUGAUAUUGAACCACGAAAGCUUGUGGAGGAGUGUAAGAAACUUCAGACUGAGAUAAUCAAACUUUCAGAUGAAAAUCGGCGGCUGAAAGAUGAAAGAAGAAAGGGCAGAGGAAUGCUGGGAGAUCAAAGUCACUGCAUUCCAUCACUGCUUGUCGUCAUUGCAGCAAUUUUCAUUGGUUUCUUUCUUGGAAAGUUCAUCUUGUAAAUUAAGGCAUACAGUGCUUUUACUUUUCACAUUUUAUUUUUCUUCUACCCCCCCUUUCCCCUUCUCUUCCUGGCCAUAAAGUUGUUUAGCUGCCAUGUCCGUUACAUACAGCAGCUUAUAGGCAAUGCCUUUAACAAUCACAAAAUUCACAGAAAAAAAAAAAAUAAUAAUAAAAAACAAACUGUUUGGCCAUGGGAAAAAGUGUGUGUUCCUGCACCAACAUCAAGACUCCCAGACACAUGCAGUCUUUUAUGAGGGUGAGGGAAGGGGGCUUAAUAAUUUUUUCCCGCUGUAAUUUUAAAGUUUAAAGUACUUUUUUUUUUUUUUUUUUUGUAUAUUGUUUUAAUCAUUUUUAAAUUUUAUCUCAAUUGUUUGCAACAUGGUUUCCUUAGAUUGCUAAUCUCAUUCAGGGAUAAGACUGAGGUAUCUUGGGAUGGUGUCUCUUCAAUGUAAAUGCUAAACCUUUUACUUUGCGAUGUAUAUUUGUAAUGGCAGUUCAAGUUCUGUGUGAGGCAGAUGUUGCGUAUUUCAUUUUUGCUCUUCAGUCAUGUCCCAUUUUAUUAUCAUUGGAAAGAUUAUAAACAGACCACAAGUAAUAGCUUUUCCCCGUACUGCAUAGUAUUUUCUGUCUCAGACGUAAGGGUCUCAGAGUUCAGUUAUUGUGCUGAUUUGGGUACUUGUUUUCUUUGCUUUUAUAACGGUUGCUGCAUUUUAUAUAGGGGCAAUGAAAGACCACAUCAGUAUUAAAUGAGAUGAGCCAUGAUCCAUUCAGUCAAGCAAGUAAAAUAAAUGUAAUAUAUAUACACACUGACACUUCUUACCUGUGGCUGUUAUAAAUACUAAUUGACUGACUUAAACCCCUGAUACAUCAGCUGCAGAUUGCCACAAUUUCCCAAUCCCCAGAUGAAAUGGAAAUAUUAAACAUGCUUAAAAAUCUCGUUUCCCCAAUCCCGAAUGAAAAUGGGAUCCGUAGAUCUGGGAUUUUUAAAAUUUAAGAAUUUCCCCCGAUUUCCCCAACUGAUUGCAGAUCAUUAAUCGCCACUGAUCGGUGGUGCUGUUAGAUCAGGUAAUCGGGUACCUGAUGUAUUAGGGCCUUUAUACUCGUGGUUAGCCUCUUGAUUGCGAAGUAAAAUGUACCACAUCAACUUAAUGUUUUAGUGUUGCGCAGCACCUUUCUCACAGAAAUAGUACACUAAUAUACACAAUGCUGAAUUAUGCAGCAUUUCCGAUAGUAUACUUUUAUUUUCCUAUGUUAAGGAAAUGGGUGCAGUAUUUCUUGUACAGUUCAAAGACAUAAUAUUUUGUCACUGGCUAAUACAUUGGAUAGAUGCAGGUAGAGAUGACAUUACCAAUUAGACACACUACUUACAAUAUUUGUGCAAUGUCUGAUGUUUUACACUGUUUAACUGCAUAUGCUGCUUCUUAUUGAACAACCAAGCCUCAUUCUGAUUGCCCACCUUAAUGAUUUCUUGUGCCUUUUAUUUUUUUUAUUUUUUUUUAUUUUGUCAUGACUGUCCCAUAAAGAAAUAGUGUAUCCUGUAUAGUCUUCUGGAGAAUUGCAAAGUGAGUCGUUAUCUGUACAUGGGAACAUGGUGCUUGAAGCUGGUUGUUUUAAGGGUACGUUAGCCUAUUAAAGUGUGCAAAAUACGUUGAAUGUGCGUCUUACUGGUGAGCUCUCACGUUUUCACAAAGUGUCCCACAGCUUUUUUUUCAGCUUGUGUGCAUUGUAGAGGAACUGUCUGCAAGCGGACCAGGCAAGCUAAAGUAGAUGUUUACGGUGGCAAUUAUUGUUAAACUUAGUCUGUUCUGCAGAAUAAAAAAACAAAGAAACAAAAAUGUCUGCAACUAAUUAUUUAAUAAAAAUGUUUCAUACAAAAUCUCAGUCUUUGCUUUGAUGCCCCUCACCUUUGCAUUGGUUGACCAUUACAUAGGAGCUUUGGUUUGACUGUUAAAAUAUUUUUAUGCCAAACCCCGUCAUUCCUUCUUCCAUGUCUUAAUGUUAUCUGAAUUUGGAAAGUCCAUAGACCUAUAAUAAAAGAUAACAAUUUGAGCGCACAUGGUAGUAUUUUCCUGUAGCUCAAAGGAGGUUUGGUAUGUAAAUAUAAUUUUUUUUUUUUUUUUUUUAUGCAUUCCACAUACAAACAACUUGAUAUAAUUGACAAGAACACCUUGUAAUCACAAGAUCACGGUCAUGGACCAUCUUUCACGUGUACAUAGUGGUCUUCCAGGUAGCAAGCAGUUACAUGUAUUGUCAGAGAAGAGUGGGGGCAUUACACGGUUUACUGUGGCUUUGAUCGAACAGUGAAAUGUAUGUGUACUGUUACAGGCAUAAAGUGUCUUUAAUACUGAAUAUGAAAUAUUUCACUUCAUGAAGUCUGCUUUUUUCUGGCAAGAGAUUUUAGUCUUCUUAAAGGGGAGCAAUUUUGAUAUAAUACCUCAUUGUCCUACAUCUAGUUCUUUGUAUGCUCGAUUAUUUUGAAAUGACCUUGCCUCAAAAAGCACAGUGGAUCAUUCAGUAAUGUAUCUUAGACCUUACAGUAUACGCACAAUUUUUAGCUGUGGGAAAUGCUUUUUGGUCUGCUAGUUCUUCAAGUUGUGGCUAACGAAUUUGCAUUUUAACACUUUGGCAUGGGAUGUUAUGCAUACUGUUUUCAUAUUUUAUAUUUAUCAGUAGCCACAGAUUUCUGAAUAGCAGUAAGUAGCAGAAAUUGUGGCUACAGUCAGUUUAAUUUCAGCGCUAUUUUGAUGAAGGUGUAAAAAUAUGAACAAUUUUGCACAAUUUCUGUUUGUAAUAUUGUAUUGGUAUGUCAUGCGUGAUUUGAACUAUUGGCAUUUUAGGAAAUUAGCCCAGCAUCUCUUGAACUGAACUUGAUGUGCUAUGACACUUUUAAGCUGUAACAGGUUGAUUGUGUAGCUGUAAAGAUAGCAUUUUAAUCUUGGAGAGUGUUUUGUUGCAUCAUAACGCAUGCAUCUUGCAGACAUCAGUCAUGCUACUCAUUGGAUUGCCAUUUUAAACUGAACACACAAACAUCUAUGCUGCAAAGUACUCUAUUCUUAUGUAUACUGCAAAUGGAAUGAUUACUGCUUGCACCCAGACUGUUUCAUAUGCAUCCACGUGGACAGAGCAUACAGUCCUACUAUUCUAAAGAAUUGAAUAUCCGACCUUGUCAUUAACAUACCAUAAUGAAGAAUCCAUUUCUCGGAGCAAUGUUGGACUUUGUCUUAUCAAAUGUACAUUGUAAUUAUUUACUGAUUUUUAAUUUUUUGUUUUUGCUAUUUGAGAUAUACUGUUUAUUAUAUCCACAGCUUGGUUUUAAUGAUUUGAUUUCAUCCCUAGUGUCCCAGGUUGGGACUUUUGCUUAAAUUUAGUGCAAAACUGCAUCAGUCUUUCAAGGGGUGCUGUACGAUUUGGACUGUUCCUUGAUUCAUAGUGAUCCUCUUUAAUGUUGUAUAUAAAAUGUAAUGCUCAGAAUAUUUUGCUAUCAGCAGUGUCUUUGAAAGAAGUCAACCGUACUAAAUUAUGAACUAUGGAUUAAACUGUCUUUGUUCCUUCAA